AUGUUUAGUAACUUCUCACUUGAUAAAUUGACGGAUUCUAUCUCCAAUGUGGCUUUGAAGACCCAAGAAAACUUCACCAACGCAAUCACCGACCUUAACAACAAUAUCGAGACUAUUUUAAAUGACCCAAAUACGAAAUUGUCAAUUCGAGCAAGAUCAAGAUAUAUCCAGGAACAAUUAGGCACUCUAGACGAUGAAAUUAGUAAACUGCCUCAACAGUAUGUGGAAUUGGAAAUUAAAACCGAUUCAGUAGAGAAAAUAUUGAAAAGACUGUUACUAGUGACAAACACAUUUGCCACUGAAGGUUACGAUUAUCCGCCCAACUUAACUGAGAGUAUCUCUGACUGGUGGGCUGAAGAUGAAACUACAGAAAAUAAAAAUUUCUUACCAAGAUCAUUCGCUCAAGCCUUAGCCAAAGCAUAUUCUGAUUCAAAGUUAAUUACUGAUAAGGCCGAAAGAAAUAUUAAAUUACAGACUUCUCCAAAGAAUACAGGCACGAAAGACGAAAAUCCAGAAGCAGGAGCAGAAGAAGAGGUAGAGGCCGAUGAUGAUGAGGAAGAUGAAGAUUUGGUCACCUUGGGUAAGGCUUUCAAAGCUUUGUCUAAUAGUUUUACCAAUAUAGACAAUGGUAAGAAUGAAAUGGACACCAUGAUCGUGAAUGAGUUUAAUAAGAAGUUAGAGCAUUUGUUAGAAGUUGAGUUUAAAGAAGUUGCCCAAUUGCGCAGAAAUGUCGAAAACUCAAGAUUGAAGUUCGAUACAAUGAGAUACGAUGUUAAACUAAAAGAAGCCAAGGCAGAACAAGAGGAGGCCAAGGAAGUUUCUACAGAUAAAGAAAUUGAAAAGAAGGAAAGUGAAACAAAAGAACCGGAAACAAAGGGUACUGAAGAGAAAGAACCGGAAACGAAGGAUACGGAAGAGAAAGACCCUGUCAAAGAAAAUGAAGGCGAAAAUGAAGAUGAAGAUUAUAAACUUCUUGAACAACUAGAAGAUGAAUUCGUUUCGAACACCUCUUCUGCUGUCGAGAAAAUGGAAGAAUUGACAGAUUCAGCUAAAAUAUUAGAUCUGGUGAAAUUAUUCCAAAACUUCCAAUUAGUUUACUAUAGACAAUGCGUGCAAGAAAUUGAAAAUAACUUAAAAACUAUUUCAGACCUUGAGAUUUUAUCUUGA